CAUUAGAGAAAAAAACAAUAGUAGGUACGUAGUUGUUGUGCAGGUGGUGAAAUGGACAACGGUUCAACUGGAUUAUGGCCAGCAAUUCUUGAUAAGGUUUAUGAGCUGAUGAACCCGCCUUCCGCCGAUGGCGACCUCAAAAUCACUCGUAAUGAUUUCCCUCCUAAUUUUGUGUUUGGAACUGGCACUUCUGCGUACCAGAAUGAAGGUGCUGCUGCACAAGGUGGUAAAGGCCCUAGUAUCUGGGAUACUUUUACCCUCAACACUCCUGGGAGGGUUGUUGAUGGAUCUAAUGGAAAUAUGGCUACUGAUAUGUAUACCAGAUUCAAGGAAGAUAUUAAAAUUAUGAAGAAAAUGGGGUUUGAUGCCUAUAGAUUUUCCAUUUCAUGGCCAAGAAUUUUGCCCCGUGGAAGGUGUUGUGCUGGAAUCAAUCAAGAAGGAAUUGACUACUACAACAACGUGAUCGACACUCUCAUUGAACAUGGAAUUGAGCCUUAUGUGACUCUUUUUCACUGGGAUCUUCCUCAGUGUUUACAAGAUGAGUACGAGGGCUUCUUAAGCAAAAGAGUGGUGGAUGAUUUUCGCGAGUAUGCGGAGUUGUGCUUUUGGGAAUUCGGUGAUAGGGUGAAGCACUGGAUUACGCUGAAUGAGCCGACAACCUAUAGUAUUCAAGGAUAUGCGGCAUGCACUUUUCCCCCCAGUCAAACCCCUUCUCCAACGUUCCUUUCAGCUCUAAUUUCAUCAGUGAGAGAUUUCUUUCAUGAUCAUCCAGCUAUGCAAGGCUUUGAUAUCACUUCUAUUCCAUCAACUAUUCGCUCACUUUUGGCUUCACUUCUCCACUCAUAUUCUUCAGACACUUACACAGAUGGAACCAACGUUGUUGCUUACAGAGGCGUUUUUGAACCAACGCAACUCUUAUCCACAUUUCUCUAUGAUGAUACUUGUACUAAUUAUAACAAUUAUAGUUCAAAGCCAAAGACAGAUCAAACCAAAGAUGUCUAUAUUGUUGGAAGAAAUUUGCUCCUUGCUCAUGCCGCCGCAGUGGACUCGUACAGGAAAAAAUUCCAGGAACAUCAAGAAGGAAAGAUAGGAAUAACACUUGUCACCCACUGGCUUGAGCCUCUAAAUGAACGUGACCCUGAUGACAUAAAGGCUGCUAAAAGAGGCGUCGAUUUUAUGUUGGGAUGGUUCCUGGAACCUAUAGUAUCAGGCAAGUAUCCGCAAAGUAUGAUAGAUAAUGUUCCAACAGAAAACCUGGCUCCGUUUACAAAGUCUGAAUCUGAAAUGGUGAAAGGAUCAUAUGACUUUCUGGGUUUGAACUACUAUACAGCAAAUUAUGCUUCCAAUGAUCCUGAACCCGACUGUGCAGAUGGCUACUUUAAAGAUCAACAUAUUAAGCUUCACACUCGUCGAGAUUGGACGCCAAUCGGCAAAAUGGCUGGUUCAUCUUGGUUGUUCAUAGUUCCAUGGGGAAUUUACAAGCUCCUCAAACACACAAACGAAACGUACAAGAACUUGCCACCAAUAUACAUAACAGAGAACGGGGUGGAUGAAAGGAGUAAUCACAAACUUACUGCUCAUCAAGCCUGUGACGACACAAUGAGAGUGAACUAUUACCAGGAACAUCUUACAUAUGUUCGGAAGGCGAUGGAUGAGCACGUGGACAUAAGGGGUUAUUUUGCAUGGUCGUGGUGUGAUAAUUUUGAAUGGACUGAAGGGUAUUCAGUUAGAUUCGGGAUCAUGUAUGUGGACUUUAUGAAUGAUCUCAAAAGAUACCCCAAAAAGUCAGCUAUAUGGUUCAGUAAGUUUUUGAAAAGGAAGAAGAAGGUAAUUGUGAAUGCUAAGAAGAGGCAAAACACAAAAACUACUGAUUAUGAUGAUCUGGAUGCGCUGGAUUUUAUGGAGAAGCAAUUUAGCAGUAUGAGCAUCAGCGCAACAGAAAUAACUAAGGCAGACAGCACAUGUAACAUCAGCUGUAAUCAGUUCCCUAAUGAUUUUGUCUUCGGAGUUGGUACAUCUGCUUACCAGCAUGAAGGAGGUGCUGUAAAAGGCGGUAGAGGCCCUAGCAUCUGGGAUGUUUUCGCCUUGAACGCUCCAGGCAGAAUUGAUGAUGGAUCCAAUGGAAACGUAGCUGCUGAUAUGUAUACCAAAUAUAAGGAUGAUAUUAAGAUGAUGAAGAGCAUGGGUUUUGACGCCUAUAGAUUUUCGAUUUCAUGGUCAAGAAUUUUGCCCGGUGGAAGACUUUCCCUUGGUGUCAACAAAGAUGGAAUUGACUAUUAUAAUGAUCUUAUCAAUACUAUCAUUGCGAAUGACAUGACACCUUUUGUUACUCUGUUUCACUUCGAUCUUCCUCAUUCUUUGCAACAAGAGUACGAUGGCUUCUUAAGCAGAGACGUAGUGGAGUUUUUCCGUGAGUUUGCCGAGCUGUGCUUUUGGGAAUUUGGUGACCGAGUGAAAUAUUGGAUCACAUUGAACGAGCCAUGGAGUUAUGCUCAUAAUGGAUAUGUGACACGCCAAUUUCCACCUCUGGGCCGUGAUUUAACUGCAGCUCGACGUUCAGCAGCUCUAACUUCAACUCCGCCAGCUCUAACAAAAAGCACUACACCCAAAAUGAUGAACUACAUCCCCUGCAGAUGUAGGCCACAUGAUGAGCAACAUCAAUAUCUCAAGGCAGCUGCAGCCUCCAAUCAAUUUAGUAGCAGUGGGUCCAGACUAAGAUGGGAUCCUGCCAAAGAUGCAUACACUGUUGCAAGAAACUUGCUGCUUGCUCAUGCAGAAGCUUUUCACGCUUAUAGAACCAAAUUUGAGGAACAUCAAAAGGGCAAGAUAGGAAUUGCACUUAACUCAGUCUGGUGUGAGCCUUACAAGAAAGAUGAUGCUGAUGAUAUAGAAGCCGCCAAAAGAGCUAUGGAUUUUAUGUUUGGAUGGUUCUUGGAGCCUGUAUUAACUGGUCAAUAUCCAAAACGUAUGAGAGAUUACGUUCCUUCUGAAAAUCUGGCACCUUUCUCAGAUCGUGAAGCCGAGAUGCUCAAGGGCUCCAUUGAUUUUCUUGGCAUAAACUAUUACACAGCCAUUUAUGCAGCCAAUAAUCCCAAUCCCAGAGACGUCCAAGAAGGCCACUCUAGAGAUCAGCACGUCAAAUUUAGUUACACUGAUCCUCUUGGGACGCUAAUAGGUCCACAGGCUGGUUCGGAGUGGUUGCACAUAUAUCCUGACGGACUUUACAAUUUGCUGACAAAAUAUGUCAAAGACCAAUAUAAAGACAAGGUCCCGGUUAUAUACAUUACAGAAAAUGGGGUGGACGAAAAGAACGACUACACACUCACAGCUAAAGAUGCUUGUGCCGACAGCAUGAGAGAGGACUAUCAUAAACGCCAUCUUCUAAAGCUUCUAGAUGCAAUGAAUAAAGAUAAGGUGAAUGUAAAAGGUUACUUUGCAUGGUCGUGGUGUGAUAAUUUUGAAUGGACUGAAGGAUACACUGUCAGAUUUGGACUUAUUUAUGUCGACUACAUGAAUUAUCUCACAAGAUAUCCGAAAGCCUCAGCAAUAUGGUUCGCUAAGUUUUUGGCCACUAAGAAAUUUGUGCGUGAACAGAAGAAACAAGAACCUGGGCAGAAAUAAGCUGAUGGAGGCCAUGGCAGUGAUGGAUCUGUCUUAUGUUGGAUUAAUGCGUAUUUAUUGUAUUCUCUUUUGAUUAAUUUCCUCGGAUGUUUGUCGUUACUGCAUACCGCGAGCUCAGCUACUAAUUAAUACUCAUCGUCGACAAUGUUAAUUUGUGGCGUUGAGCAGCAUCAAUAAACUGCUCCACCUUUGUGUUGUUUCCUAAUUACUAAAUGGUUUGUUUCUUUUGUUUAUCGUCA